UUUCUCCAGACACAAGUGAGAAGAACCGAAGACUUUAACAGGACUCCAAACCAGAAGAACUCUAAACUUAUUCAAAAUUUUCUAAAAGACCAGCUCUCCAUCAAACUUUUUCAACAGCUGGGCUCUUAUUCAACUUUUUCCUGCUUUGGAAUUUGAUUUUCCUCACCUAAAAAGUGUGUUUUCACACAUUUGCUCUUCUUUCUCACAACGCCAGACACCUCAUUUUAUCUUUCAUAAUGUUUCCAGAGGCAAACAAGGGCUACAGCUAUGAAGAAUGCAAGGCCACCUCUGAUUGGCUGCUGGCCCAGACAGACAUCAGACCCAUGGUGGGCAUCGUGUGCGGCUCGGGUCUCGGAGGGUUGGCUGAUAUGUUGAAGGACCAAGUGGCCUUUAACUACAAAGACAUCCCCAACUUUCCUCAAAGCACUGUGCACGGACAUGCUGGCCGAUUGGUGUUCGGCACCUUGAAGGGGAGGCCGUGCGUUUGCAUGCAAGGGCGCUUCCACUUGUAUGAAGGCUACCCCAUCCAGAAGAUUACGCUGCCAAUACGUAUAUUCAAACUCCUCGGGGUGGAGACAGUGAUGCUCACCAAUGCAGCCGGAGGCCUGAAUCAGGACUUUAAAGUUGGAGAUGUCAUGAUCAUAAAGGACCACCUGAACAUGCCAGGAUUUGCAGGCAACAAUCCGCUAACAGGACCAAAUGAUGAAAGGUUCGGCGUACGCUUCCCCUGCAUGUCUGACGCCUAUGACAGAGAGCUGCAGCAGCUUGCCAUGGACGUGGGACAGGAGCUGGGUUACGGAGACUUCCUGAAGGAGGGCGUGUACUGCGUGCUGGGUGGACCAUCAUUCGAGACCAUCGCUGAGUGCCGCAUGCUCCACAAACUGGGUGCUGAUGCUGUUGGUAUGAGCACAGCCCACGAGGUGAUCGUGGCCCGUCACUGCGGCAUGCGCGUCUUCGCCCUCUCGUUGAUCACCAAUCAGGCAGUGAUGGACUACGACAGCCAAGAGAAGGCCAACCACGAGGAGGUCCUCCAAACAGGAAAGCAGAGAGCAGAGCAACUGGAGCGACUGGUUUCCACCAUGGUGACCAGGAUUGAGCACAAUAACAACUUUGUCUAAAAAAAGAAACGCUGUGCGUUUUAGUGCUAGUUUAAGCUUGAUUUUAGCCUGUUAGCAUGAAUGUAGAAGACUUCAGAGUGGUUGUAGUUCACAUUCAAUGCUGUUGUGCUAGAGAAACCCCAGCGUAGUUUACUAUUAAUGUGAGAAAUGGACUGUAUUUGGUUUAUCAUAACUCAGAAUGCACACAUCUUUAUUUACAUGUCAUCCUGCCUUAUGUGACGUGUUACAUUCCUGCGCAGAGCAGCUCCAAAAUAAGCUGCUGCUGUUUUCUUUUUGUAUCAUUUUAAAUGGAUGUAUUUGUUAUAACUUAAAGUAUAUGAUCAGCUUGUAUAAAUGUUUGCAAUUUAACUUAACAAUGAGCAAAAAAUCUGCUGUAAAGAUCUUAAUAUUAUGAUAUUGAAUUGUGUACAUUAAGGUAUUGUACUGUGCUUGUUUUUAUAAUAUGAAUGUUGUUACUAAAGAUGCUAUUUAUUAUCAUGUAAAAUGUGUUUGUGCUGUUAUUUGGGGGAUAAGUGGAUUAGUCAUCACACCCAUAAAAACAUCCACCCUUUCAGUUUUUUUUAUACGGUUAUGUCAAAAGGAAUAAACUGAUACUGAAUCAAGA